AUGCAAGCAUCCCCGUCAAAAGCCCGCGCUCAAGCCCUCGCGUCGCACGCUUGGUCCGUCGUGCACGAAUGGCUCGCGAGGCUCUACCACCCGUCACCUGUGCCGGCGUUCGAACGCAAUGCCGUCACGCUCAGGGCUUUACAGGGUCUGAUGGCAGAGAAUAUUGCUGCGGAUCGAGUGAGGGAGUUGUUGUUUGCGGCGAAAGUUGAAGAGUUGGCGGCUGGAGGGAGGGAGGAGGAGGACGAUGACGACGAAGGGAGAGAUCACGAAGCGAACGCGAUGUUUUCCAUGCUGGAGACUUCGUUGGCGUCGGCGGCGGCGGCACAGACAGCGCUCGAGUCUCUUGCCGGCUCAGUCGUCCUUCUAGGCGGCACCGGCGGUGUCUCCCCGUCGAAACCAUCGACAUCAGCGACGGACGAUGCCGGUGCCAGCGGUGUUGUUGCACAUCUCACAUCCCAAAUCGUCAACAUUCCCCGGCAGACCUUCGCGCUGGAGUCGCAACUCUCAGCCAUUGAAUCCCUUGCAGCUUCGCUCCGGAGCCAGAUUGUCGAAACACAAAGGACCCUCGCUGCUUUCGCCGCCGAGAGGGCUCCUCGAGAGCCGUCUUCAGCUCCGAGUCGUCCAGGUCCAGUAGUGGACGAUCCAACCUCGAGGUCGUCGACUUUUCGGCCGACCACCCCAUCAUCAUCAUCCUCCCCGACUACACCUACAACUACAUCAACGACGGAUCCCUCACACCUCCACAACCUCACGCUCCAGCACCAACGCGAGACGAAACAACUAACCCUCAAAGCCGCCGAGUACAAGUCCCGCAUCGAGGCGCUGGAACGGCGUCUCUCCACUCACCCAGCAGACGCACCCGAUCUCGCCGUCCUGACCACCGCAGUCGCUGCCGCUGCCGCUGCGAAGCAACAGUCCCUCUCCGCCAAGAAGAAGCAGCUCGAGACCCUCCAAGGCCGUUUUGAGAAGUUCCACGGCCUGCCGCCGGACGUGGACGUGUCGCGCGCCGAGGUGCGCCGGGCCGAGGGGGAAUUGGACGCGCUGAGGAGAAGGAGGGAUGAGCUUUUCGAGGCGCUGUAG